AUGGGCUGCGGCAACAGCAAGAAGGCGAGCGAGGCCCAGGUUGAGGAGACGAAGGCUGCCCCCGAACUGACCGAGGCGUCCGCUGAGGAGCGGGCUCUGGUGCAGCUCAGGACCAUCUUCGACAGCAUCGAUGUGAACAAGGACGGGAACGUAAGCAAGGCAGAGUUGGUCGCAGCCUUGGAGAAGGAUGCCAGCAUCGGAGACCUCAUCAAGGAUGCAGGCCUGAACCAGGAGUACAACGCCAUGGAUCAGCUGCAGACCAGCAAGGAUGGCCACGUGACCUGGGAGGAGUUCCUGGCGAACCUGAAGGAGGCCGCGAAAAAGGAGGUGUUGGAGACAGGCGAGGUCAAGGGCAUCGAGCUGGCCGCGGAUGAAAAGGCCCUCCAGCAGCUCAGGAAGCUCUACGACGAGCUCGACCGCAACAAGGAUGGAGCCGUGAGUCGCGAGGAGCUGGUCGCGGGCAUGGAGAAGGAUGCCGACAUCGGCCAGCUCGUCAAAGAGGCAGGCUUCAACCCCGACUAUAAUGUCCUGGAACAGCUCGACACGAACGGGGACGGCAAGAUCACUUGGGACGAGUUCGAGGCUCACCUCCGCAAGGCGGCCAAGGAGGAGGUCAAAGAGCAGGGCGAGGUGGCCGCGGUCGCCAACAUCGAGGAGGAGGAGAAGAAGAUGGAGGCGGAGGCCGAGAGUAACGCCGUUGUCAAGCCGACGUCUUGGUGCGGAUGCGCUUGA